AUGUCGCUAUGGUCUGAGGACCCUUGCAUGCUUUCUUUUUCCUAUAUUGCAGGCUACCUGCCUGAGACAUUCAGCUGGGAGGAGUACCUCAAGUCGUGUGGAGCUAAAGCAGCACCAAGAUCGUGCUUUCACCUGGAAGAAGACAGCCUAGGCUUUGAGCCAAACCAGAAGCUGGAGGUGGUUAACGGAAAGAACCCCAAUGAGUUGUGUGUAGGAACUGUGGAGCGGGUGUGCCCUCCCCUGGUGUGGGUCCACCUGGAGGACAGUAACGAGGGUGGCACCAGGGUGGUGCUGCCCCUACGCUCGCAACAGCUGUUCCCUGUCGGGUGGUGUGGCUCAAAUGGGUGGCCCCUCCGACCACCCCGUGACUGGGCCCCUCCAGGCCGUCCUUCCGCGUCCUCCCCACUGAGGCGCGCAAGUGGCAGCGCAGCAGCGUCGUCGUCAUCUGCAGCGGCUGCCGAAAAACCCAGCAAGAAGUCAGGAUCCGUGGAGGCCAAGUCAGGUUGGUGCCCUGCGCUGCACCUGAACCACAGGUGCUUCUCGGGCCCACUGUUGUCCAAAGGGCGUUUGGCAGAACUCCCACGUCAGACGGGGCCAGGUCCGGUGGCGCUGGUGCUGCGUGAAGUACUGGCACAGCUCAUCGGUGUCGCCUACAAGCCUAGCCGGGUGCUUGCCAUCCUUCAGCUGCGGGGAAGCCCCACACCUGGCAUGCACCAGCAAACACUCAAGGCCAAGUACAAGGGAAAGACGUAUCGAGCUACGGUAGAAACAGUCCGCAGCAGCGGCGAGGUGGGUGCGUUCUGCCGCAGCAUCUGUAACAAGCUCGAGUGCUGCCCGAACCUGUUUGGACCCACAAGCUUUGGUGAGAACUCCUGCCCUGACAACUGCUCUGGGCUCACCAAGACCAAGUACACCUACCACUUUGUGCGCAAGCGGCAGAAACGGCAGAUGGCGCUGCGUAAAGCGAAGCAGGCGCGCUCCGAGAGCCCCGCAUCUGGAGCCAAUGCCUCGUCCAGUGGGUCCACAGGCGAGCCGCCGUCUGAGGCAAAGCAGAGCCGGGUAGACGUCACCAUGUCGGCAUCUGAACAAGCUACAGCUUCCAAGGAAGCCAACACCACUUCUACCUCUUCCACUAGCACCACCACCUCCGGUGCUGCUGCUGCUGCUGCUGCUGCUGCUGCUGCUGCUGCUGCUGUGAAGAAGUCGGAGCGGCUGUCAAGUCGUCCAGCCACACGGCCACCUACUCGAAUUGGACAUCGACCGCCCGGCAGACCGCCCGGCAGACCGCCUGGCAGACCGCCCAAGUCUGCUAACAGGCAGCCUCCUCCUGUCACCUCAUCCUGUGGGUCGUCAGCUGCACCACCACCAAACGAUCGACCUGGUGUGCGCACUCGGGGUGCGCGCCUGCCAGACUUCAAGACCCUCAACUUGGAUCUGCGUUGGCAGAAGCCGCUGCGGGCACGUCUGCUGUCCAACAAGAAGCAACAGCAGCAGGCAUCACGCUCGGACACCCCGGACUCUCUCUCCUCUGAGGGCACUGCUGAGUUGGCACAAGAGGCAUCUUCUCGGUCGUUAUCGUCGUCGGUGAGCACACAGCAGCAGCAGCAACCAAAGCACCACAUUCCCCACCUGUGCCUGGACUCCAAUCCCAUUGAUUGGACCGUCGGCGAUGUGGCUCGCUUCAUUGCCGGCACCAACUGUGCGCCCCUCGUCCGUGUCCUGCAAGAACAGGAAAUUGACGGCCAGGCUCUACUUCUACUGACUCUACCGUUGGUUCAAGAGUUCCUUGAACUUCAGCCGGCUCCUGCCAUCCAGUUUUGCCAGCUGCUGGAACGGAUAAAGCUGGCCUUCUACCUCCAGUAUGGCAAGGAAAGCAACAUGGUUGUCUUGGACAUUCGUGACUAAGGAAUUGUGUGAUUACCGGUGGCGUGCAUCAGCUUGGCAUGCGUCUCAGUUCCGUCUGCUCCUCUGUGAUGGUAGCAGACGAAAAGACUUGUGGCUGCCCUAUGGGCACGGGAAGCUGAUGACAAAUUAGGUUUGAUGUCAAACCCAGAGAGUAUUUACUGGUUAAGCAUGAGUCGAGUGUUUCCUGUCAUAUGUGACCACGCUGUACUUGCUGGCUUGUGGCAAGCAGGGACCUUGGUGAAGGCCUGCCCGGGUGAAAGGAAUCGCUCUGCGAUUGGUUCUUUCACCCACUUCACAGCAUUUUGCCAUCACAGCAGUCCUUGGUGCCUGGAGCACCAAUUUAUCAUGCACAGCUGGUGUGGGGAUGUGCAGAAUGCAGUGGUAGCCUGAGAACAGCUGCCUGAGUUUAACAGUGAAGUAUGUGCAUUGGGUGGUGCCUUACUAGAGUCUCAUUUUGUUAGGCUUGUUGGCCUGACAGUUUCUGAAGGUGGGAAUUUGUGAUGCUGCAGGAAUUGAGUGACGGGGUGUGCAAACAGCCAACAGCCCUUGUGGCAUGUUCUGUAUACAGAAUACCAUAAAAUCCUGCAUGUAAUACUAGGCACUGUUUUGGAUUUUGGUACUUCAACUCAAAACUGCUUUUUGUAUUACAUGUAUUAAGGACCACUUUUUUUUUUUUUUUUCAUUCAGUGUGUUUGUCAGUCUCAUAUGGACAAAAACCAGGUUGUUUUAAGUCAUAUUACCAGAAUAUCCCCCCCCCCCCCCCCCAAUUUAUGGCCCCCCGAAUUUCAUUUGUAUUGCACUUUGGUUGGUAUUAAAUGCCGAGUUUUAUGAUUUGCACCUUGGGACACUAAUGGAAUCUGAAAGCUGUGAAAAGAGAGAAAACAAAAAAAAGUGACCUCAGAGCUAUGCACCUUGUGAGAUGCAGAAGUGUCAGACACUAGGCACAUUCAAAGUGUACACAAAAUUAGUUUGUUCGAGUUUGCUGUGUCCAUAAAUGUUUUCUUCAUGAAUGUUUGAUCGCAGUUGCUCUUGGUGUUGUUGCUAGGUAAAAGUGUCAGAUUCGUUGCCUAUUUGACAUGGCACCUGGGCAUUAUAAUGGCAGCAGAACUUUUGAAAGGCAAUCUCAUGCAUAGAGAGCAUGUAGUAUUUCCUUAUGUUACCUGUUUUAUGCUUGGCGGUGGCUUGCCUUGCAUGGGUACGUCACAAUGCAAGAGCAGAGGCCAAGGAAAACAGCAAACUCACCUGUCUGGGACUCAACAGUGGCCUGUGAUUGUAGAGUGAGCUGUUGGCUUGCAUACAGUGAACUUCCACCUGCUCUACUAAGCUCAGCAUUCGCUCUUGUGAGGUACGAAGACAUGGCCUGCUCAUCCCUACUGAUAUGAUCAAAGAUACCUUUGUGCUGCGCACAUUAAAAGUGCGAAAACAACACUAUUACUCUUAAAAUUUGUACUCUCUUUAGGGUGUAAUUUUUACCACACAGCAAUAAUCGUCCAUCAUGCGUCCAUCAUGUUAGGAAUGUAGUGGGAUGCGCGGGGUGUUUCUCACAGGAAACUGCCUGUUGUGCAGUGGUAAAUUAAAUAUAUGCAAUAUCGGUGACAAUUAUUGUUAAUUGGCAAAAUGACACGGCAAAGGGUAUACAGUUUUUAAGAGUGUUGGUCUUUGGCGUCCACUUUGCCAGCUUCUCUGGCUGGCAGUGCCAUUAACAGAACACUAAGAACAAGGAAGGGCUCCAUUUUCCAGCUCCAUUUUCGAGAGUUCUCAUACUCUUGAAUGGAGUAAAUUCACUCUGAUUGGGCAUGCAAAAUCUGGAAAAUGGAGUUAACUAGGGGACAGGCUUUUACACCUGCUUAGAGGAUUAACUGGCAAUUCCUUUGUUCUUUGUGUAUCUAAACUCUUCCACAAUCACACGCUUAAAGGUGUACAUUGUUGGCCUUUGCAUUCAAUCUGCUAGCUGUUCUAGCUUGUAGUGCCGUUAAAACACUCUAAGAACAGAAGGAGAAUUCUAUUGCCAAAUUCGAUUUCUGAAAGUUCUCAUACUUUGCAAUUACAUGUGUUCACUCUUAUUGGACAUGAGUACUCUGAGCAAGGGAGUUAAAUGUGGCAUAAUAAGUUACUCAUGUAAUGAAGUGAUUGUUACUCCCUUUGUAGAGUGCAUAUGUCAGUCCUUGCACAAUUACAGCUUGCUUCCUCUGAAUGCUUUCAAGCAGACCACAGUUGUCACACUAGAGUAAAAAUAUUGUAUUUUGUGAUGUAAUCUAGGCUUUUAAAAGUGGUUGUCAUUGCAGUCACAUUUAUAAUACCUGGGAUCAGUGUAGCCAUUGGGGCCAACGGUUGUGAGAGAAAAUGCAUUUGCACAAAGUACAUUUAGCAUCAAUAUUAAUGAUGUUUAUAUUUUUUGUACUUUUUGCAUUAUUUACAACCUUUCAUCCUACCUCCUUUUAAGUUGGCUUUUAUUCAUGGCACCUAUGCAAAUUGAAAGUUUGCUAAGCCAUUCAUUCGUAUGAAAAGUAUACUGUAUUAGUUUUCAUUCUAGUGUAAUAUCACUAUUUCUUCUCUGCUGGAAAAAAGUGGCUGGUGUGAUGCAUUAGGCAUAUGUAGCUUAGUGAAAAUUUUAAUCUUCAGGCGUUUGUGUCAAAAUUACGCUGACAUUAGUGAUGGACUACUCAAGUUUUUCUCCUUCCCAGUGGAUGGCCCUGUACUCCUGCUGUAUAACAUUAUCUAGAAUUUCUCCCAUAAUUUUGAUUAGAAGUACUCAUCUAGAACACGUUAGCCAACAGGAUCACCUUAAGCACGAGAAAAACUGGCACAACUAAACAUGUAGACCUCCGUGCGACAACAUGGCACAACUGGCUUGCACCACAACAUGUUGUGAUCCUGCUGCAUCAAGGGUCUGCUUAGCUCUCUUCAUUCUCGGCAACUGCAUCAUGGCAGCCGUGGGACUGUCUGCUGUACCUAGCUUGCUUCCAAUGACUGACAGGGUCAUGGCAUUUGUGUUCCAUGGGCUCCACACCAAACACUGCUCGGUUGCACAGCUUGCCAUCAUCCUUCACACCAAGCUGACGCUGUUCACCUCACUGUUUGUCGUCCUUCUCUUUCCUUUACUUCAUGCAGGGGUUACCCUGAAGUGAGCUUAAGAUUCCUUCACCUUGUGAUUGACUUGCCGUGCCUUUGACUGGUCAUUGCACUGCAAAGAUUGUGUGAAGAAGCAAAUACGCUUUUUCACAACAGAGAAACGGCUCCAGAAGGGAUGUUGAAAUGCGAUUAUCGCUGAUAGAGCCUGCUUAGCCUUGUAGUAGAGCUUAACGUUGUAUCACACGACUUCGUAAACCCAGCAGAGUGCUCAGGAAUGACCAGUCAAAGAUGCUGUCAGCGUACAUGCCCCAACAAGACAGACGUAAAAGUUUAAAACAUAUCGCACUUGCAUCAUCUGGUUCUGACUGUUGAUUCUGUACCAUGCAGCACAGUGUCUGAGGUGAUUUGCUGGAGUUAGCUGAGAUGAGCAAGCUCCAUGUGUGUGUGUUUAUGUGUGUGACAAGCAGACGACAGACUCGACGAGCAGGUGACACUAUUGCAGACAGGCUGAUGCGGACACCGUUGUGACAGGCAUCAGGCCUAGCACCCUAACCACCGUCGGUGUAUAGAAACUGUCAUUCGCUGCUACACUCAUCAGCUAUGAAUGCCCUGACAGGCUGUGUAGCACAUUAGGAAAGUGCCAAAAGGAGAGAGAGAGUUAUCUUUGAUGACUGCAGUGUGGGCAGCUAGAGACGCGUGGAAAUUUGACAAUACGCACUUGCCUUGCCAUCAGAUAUCGAGAAAAAAAAAACAUACAUAAGUGUGGUACUGCACCUACUUUUGGACACAGUGCAAUUGCUGCUUGGCGCAUGUGUACUGUCAUGUUAGCAGCAGCCGUAAUAAGUUCACUGAGGCAUGCUCAGAUUUCUACACACCAAUGUCUAGGUAACUAUAGAAGGCAGGUGGCAAGUAAAUUUUGCACAGUAAAUGAUGCAAGAUUUGCUGACUACCAUGGGGCACCAAAGGAACACUUUUUAUAGAGCCAGCUUUUAGCUUUACGUGUCGAUUCGCACUAAGUAGCCAUAGUUCUUGCAGUCCAUAAUACAGUAUGAGCCGACUAUCCCAACAAGUAUUACCCAGCUUUUAACACAUGACAGUUUCCGUCAUAAUAGCAGCCUGUGAUUCGAGACAGCCAAGUUACUAUUGGAAACUGAAAAAUUAUGUCAUUUCUGUAACACUGUUGGCAUUUGCUGCCGCUGGAAAAGUACGAGAGAGAUAUGUGGGUGAAGUGUUAGUAGUGGCAUUACUAUACAUUGGUGAUCCGAUGGUGCAAAGUGUGAUUCUACGAACUAUUAAAUGAGUUGGACCACUGUUUUUCUUGUAGUCAAUGUGUUCAUUAUGUUUUUGGCAGAUGUUAUGCUUGUCAUCGUUUGUGUGAUUGAAAGCAAACCAGUGGACACUUUUCACAGUUGUGUUGUAUGCAUGUGUGUGUGUGUGUUGGCCAACCUGUUGAGGGUGAGGACACCAAACAUUAUACCAAAGUGCAAGAAUGUUGUUACCUAUGAUCAAAAGUUUAAUGCAUAUGUUAUUUUUCUCUGUGAAUAAAGUGCACCGUCCAAAG